AUGGAACGCCACGAGGGCUCCCGAAAUUUGUACAAUGCUAGAUUACAGGAUGCAUAUAGCCACUUGCUCUCUGAACGGAAUGAGGAUAAUUCGUUGCACCUCGGCGUUCCAGAAAGCGAAGUGAGCAGUGAUGAGUUUAGCGACGAGGUCAGCGAGGACUUUUCAAGAGGAUUCGUGGACCGCAGUGAGCGCUCGAGUAAUGGGAGGUCCGAACUCGACGAUGACUACGAGCAAUUCAAAACGUCCUUGAUGCGUGAUGAGUGGGCCGGGCUGGACGAUGGAGACGACGGUGAUGACGACGAUGACAAAGACUACACAGAAGAGGCAGAUCGGAGCUUUCUGGUGGAAACAGACGAGGAAACAGACGGGGAAACAAGCGGCGUCAAUGCGUGGGAUCCCAGCUCGGAUACGUUGCAGACAAACACACCUAAGAUUCGCAACCUCAAGACUUGGGCUAUUGUUCUCAUGGUGCUCGUCUUAGGCUUUCUCUGGAGAAACGAUAACACAUUCAUCUCUGACUCGCAGUCGGCAGUGGUGGGCCGCCCGUCUAGUGGCUCAAGCAACGCCCAAUUGCGCGCGCAAUUGAAUAGCUUGUAUCACGAAAUGCAAGACGAUCGAAAGACAGCCAAAAAGGAACUCGAGAACGCAAUCAGACUCGUUAUCUUACAGGUGGAAAAGAAUCUAAAAAAGGUUUUGCCAAAAGAUCAGCGAUCUGUGCAGGCGCAGAUUGACCAGCUUGAAAGUAAAGUGCAAGAUUUGUCUCGUACUUUCAACUUGAAUAACGUUACAGAGUGGCAGGAGUCGCUAAUUUCCGAGCUACACGAUUUGCUUCCAGAGCAAAUUCCGGUGGUACUGAACAACUCCACACGCGCCUUGAUGGUAAUUCCGGAACUGCAUCAAUACCUCGCCCACUUGAUCCCGCAGGUAGUGGAUAAAACCGUUUCGCAAGAAGCUGUCAAACCUUUUCACUACGAUGCAGGCCAGUAUGUCCGAGAGAUUCUUAGAGACGAGUACCAAUACGUGGACAAGGCCUUCUUUCUGGAUGAGCUAGAGCUAGCGCUGCGAUCAAGCAAAGAAGAUAUCCUGCGCGAGAUGGAAUCUCGCAUUUCUACUCUUGAAAAUGUGCCCCAACAAUAUUCCAACGUACUCCAGCAUAAACUCAUACACAGAAUCUACAAUGCCAAUCAGCACCAGUGGCAAGACGACGUUGAUUUUGCCACCGCGGCACAAGGUACUCGUCUACUGAAGCACUUGUGUUCCGGUACCUUUCAAGGACAAGCCGGAAUACCUGCCAACGGCGUCUCGCCCUUAGACCUCUUGGCCGACGGCCAGCCAGGCAGCUCUACCUACUGGUUGUGCAGCGAUAAAAACCCUAACGAAUGUUCCUGGGCUGUCAGGUUCGCACAGCCGCUAUAUUUGACUCGCCUAUCCUAUGUCCAUGGUCGUUUCACCAACAAUCUCCACCUUAUGAACUCCGCUCCCAACUCCAUAUCGGUGUACGUCAAACUGCAGUCCUCUGCAAACUCAGAGUUUCGCCGCAAUGCUAUGCAGAAUGGCUAUGGAACAACAUGGAGCUCGGAUGCAUCAUUUAUAGAAAUUGGAACCUGGAACUACGACAACAGCGAUCCGCGCAUUCGUCAGAGUUUUCCUCUGCCUCCAUGGUUUAUCCAGUGCAAACCCCAAGUUCGCAGUGUAGCAUUGGUUGUGCGGUCGAACUACGGCAACGCCCACUACACUGCGUUGCGUAAGUUCGUAAUAAACGCUGUCACAAUGCAGGACUUACAGCUGAGCUCUUCCUACGUUCAGCAGCGCCAUUUUGAGAUUCCCGAAUAUUCAUCACCGCUGGAGGAUGCAGAGAAGUUAAGAGCCUCCCAAGUUGCUGCCUGGCAGCAGGGCUCUAAUGAAUUCAACGAGGCGUUCGCCAAAUCCCCCGGCGUAAUUUCUUUCGGCCAAGACGAGUUCGACGAAUUCGGUGAGAGUGGCGCAUGA